AUGUCCGAAGAGCACGGAGGCGGAGGCGAAGGCAGCGAGGCGCCUGCCAUCCGCAAGCGCCCCCGUCGCACCCAUGCGCGGCGCUCCUGCCAGAUGUGCCAGCAACGCAAGGCGAGGUGCGAGCUGCCAGAUCUCACGGUGCCCUCCGGUCCCGGUCCGCUCGCAGACCACCUGGCAUGCCAUCGUUGCAAGACUCUGCAGAUCUCGUGCAUCGUCGACGACUCCAACAAGAAGCGCGGCAGGAAACUUACAGAGUCCAAGGGCACCCACGAAACACCAGCGCGGCCCACCCUCGACCGCGCCGCGACCACUGGCGAGCUGACCAUCAGAGCCAAGAGGAUCAGCCUCGCUGGAGGCGACGAAGCCGAGGGCCUCGGGACAGCAGACGACGCCCGUAGCCGUGACCGCGACAGACGCCUCUCGCGACCCCGACUCGUCUCUCGGACCCCGUCUCCAUCUGGCAUGGACCCGGGCUCGCCCACCGCACUGGAAGCAGAGGUCCGCCACGUCAAGGCCAUCCGGUCCAUCUCGGGCAUGUCGGCCUCGCAGCCCCUCGACAUCGACGGCUGGGAAAAGUACUCGAUCCGCAGCCGACCCUACACCCUGCUCACGGAGCUCAUCCCUCGGCAGCGCGGCUUCGCCAGCCGAACCUCGCGGCUCAUCUCGGAAGAGUUCGGCGCCGAGGCCGACAUCCGCGAUGUGGUCGACGAUGACAAGAGCGCGAUUCUGUCCGAAUGGUGCGAGGAGCACCUCACGCUGUGGAUGCCGCAUCUCUCGAACGCGCAGUCGAUCCGCCAGGCCAAUCAGGGGGGCCAUCAGUCUGUCGCCUCGCAGCUGCUCGAGGCCGCCCUCUAUCUCGUAGCCCUGCAGCACCUGCCGCGCACCCCCGAGGACGACGUGCUGCGUUUCAGCGUGGCCCGCCUCGUCGUCCGCGACCUCGGAAGGGUCAUGCUCUCGGCGCCUCGCGAGGCAAGAGCGCUCGAGGCGCUCGAGCUGCUCGCCAUCUUCCCCAUCGACGUGUCGGUGCUCGCCGGUCCCUCCAAGAAUCGCAUCAGGACCGAUGGCCUCAUGACCGUCGCCGAGCGUCUCGCCCGCUCGCUCCGCAUCGACCGACUAGCCCUUGGAGGUGGCGCACCGCAGCCACCGAUUGCAGGCUCAUCAUCCGGCAACAUCGACAGUCUGGACACGUCGAGAAGAGCCGUUGAGUGGCUGAGCAUCAAGGCCUGGCAUACCUGCUUCACGCUAGGCGACGAUGAGCUGUUCGAAUCCGUCAGCGGCAACUUUGCCGACGCCAACUGGAUGCGAUCCUUGCUGCCCCGCGCCCCGCCUUCCGAUGGCUACGCAAGCGCAUAUGGGAUGCCCGGUCUGCCUCUGCACGCGAGCGGCGGGUCCCCCUUGAGCAAGCGGGACGCGGGCACCGUCGGCGUCAUCAUGCGCGGCAUCCUGCUGGAGCGGGCCAUGGUCAGCAUGGGCGAGAUCAAAGCAAUCCCGAACACCCUCGACGACCAUGAGCGCGUCCACCUUGUCGACGCCAUCCAGCGACAGUGGCGUAACGACUUUGCGGCCAUCGAAGCGGAGAGGGCGCGCGAGCUACCCGAGAGCGAUCCCAGCUCGGCCCUGAUCGCCGACUGGCUCGCAGUCGAGGCCGCCAACCUGGACCUCACCAUCACAGGUCUGGGUUGCCUGAAGACCCUUGGCAUCGAGCCGGACCCGGCAACGAGGGUGGCGGCCAUGAUGCGCCUUAUGAGGGAGAAGCAGCUCAACCCGGUCACAUUUCAGUUCCUGGCCGUCCACGCCGAACGAAGGCUGGAUGCGGCCGAGUCGGUGCUCCGGACCACCGCCAAGCUGACGCAGCGCGACUACGCCGAACUCGACACGCCCGUGCUUUCGCGAGGCGCCACCACGGCGUCUGCCACGUCGAGCUCACCCCUCAGCAACGCGUCCGAGGGCCGCUCAAAUCAGAGGCUGCCGGUACCCAUGGUCAAUGUGGUCGGCUACGCCUUCGAGGCCGCAUUGACCGCUGUCGAGAUGCACGCCAAGGUCAUCAAGGCGUGGCGCAAGCUGCCCGCUCGGUCCGAGUCGUGGCAGUCGGCCUUCCAGGCCGUCAUCCGGGGGCUCGAGUCGGUCGACUCGCAGGGCACCGUCGAGAACGGCAGCAUCCCCGCGACGGGCGCCUUUAUCAUCAAGGGGAUGCUCGAGGUCUUGACGAUGUGGACCGUCUUUAGCAAGCGGUGCGCCGCGCAGAAUGCGCCGAUGAGCUUGGGAGCCGAAGACGUCGGAUGCUGCGGCCUGCCCCCGCGGGCCAAGGGCGUCGGGCUGGUACUCCAAGACCCGCUCAAGAACCAUCCCGGCCCGCUCGACGAGGGAGACCUCAACUAUCGUCUCAACAUGACCACGUUUGCGGCAAGCGGACUCCACUCUCGACAUGGGCCCUUGCCCCCCGUCACGGGGACGCUCGCGCCCACCACCCAGGUCGUGGCUCCCAGCCUCACCGCAUCCCUCUUCGAGGCGGGCCAGAACGGCGGCGCACUGGCCGAACCGUGGCCACGAGCGUAUCCCUUCGAUGACCCCGCGAUGGGCGGCGGGCAGCUCGACACCUACGCGCAGUACCUCGGGCCGUCGACGACGAGGAAAUCUCCCCUGCCGCCGCCUCAAAGCUUUGCCGGGAUGCCGGGAGGAGUCGACCUGUUCUCGCAAGAUGCCGGCGUCGAUUGGAUGGCAGAGGAUCAGAUUGCCAAGCUCUUCCCCAUGCCCAGCGCCGAUGCGGCCCAGGCGGCCACGCCGCAGGACCACCAGUCGAUUGAGUCGAUCCUCAACGAGAUCCUCGGAUCAAACGAGUGGUCCGGCGUGCUUGACGAUAUCCUUGCGCGGGCCUAG